UUUAAGGUGAGCACGUUUAGUUUGGAGCGGAGUUAAAAAGCCGGACAGAGACGGCGCGUCACGCAGGUGAAGUGUAAUCAGGCAGGUGUGGAUUCAAACACAACAAACCGGAGAGUUGGUGGGACUUGGCUGUGAGUCAGACUCCCGGUAAAGCGGCACCGGAGAUGCCCCGCUCCGGUUUUCUGGCGUGACAUGACAAAGUGAACACGGAAUAAGAAAGUGUCAGGAGUUUUUUCUGCGUGUCUGAAGCUUGCGUGCUAAUUCCCAUUUGCGUGGACUAUUUCCGAGACCUGCGCGGGUUCUGUUCUGCAAACCGGGGGACCCUUUUCUGGCAUGUCUCGCCGUUUCCAGCCCAGAAUGUUGCUCCUCUCUCUCUGCUGUGGAUUUGAAAUGAAACCGGAGAGAAGUCAGUGACAGCUUGAAGCAGCGCGCUGCAGAUCCGCCGGAUUGCCUUUUUUUUUCUCGCCCCUUCUCCCUCCAUCCAUGAUUUACGCAAGGAAUUUCAUCUCUGAAUUCUUAAUUGGCGACAAAGACAGACUAAAUCUACUGGUGUUUCUCCUCUCAGUGUUAUUUCACGAGUCUAGCCCUGGUUUUGGGUGGUAGAGGCACGCAGGAUCCGUGUGUUUUUCAGCCAGGGCGCGCGUCAUCUCUCCACUGAUGCCCCAUUGAUUUAUGAUUUUUUGGGGGGCUUCGCGCACGGACUUGGAUGCGUUUCAGGGGGACAUUGGGUUUCACCGCCUCCCUCAGUUGGACAAUUCGGAGCUGGAUACUUGUAACUUUCUUCCCACAUAUGGAAAAAUCUCUUUUUUUUGCCUGGAGAGGACGCGGUUUGGCCGUGCCUUUUGGAUUGUCGCUCCUUAAAAAACACAAGAGAGACUGAAGCUGGACUGUAGAUUUGUUCUCUGAGGCAUCGCACAUUUUGUCCCGCACAUAUCAGUGCACACACAUUUAAAUCUAUUACGCAUUAUCCAACUUAAGGACCCAUCGGACAGAACUGCAACAGCAUCGUGUGGAGGCUUACCACCUGCACUGAGGGGUUUUAUUUCUCCACCAUCGGGGCGCUACUGGAACAACUGGGAUUUAAACAUCCGCCUGCUGGGAUUUCUAACCAUGUCAGGUGUACGGGAUUGCAGAUGGACUCUCCUCAUCUGUGUGGCGGCGCUUUCAUAUGCUCUUGCAGGUAAAGUCUCUCCAACCAGCUCCGAUGCCCUCCUCAGCUCCUCGGCGAUGACGGCCAGCCCGUCGCCACCCAACCUGUACCUCCCCGCCAACUUCAAAAUGUCCAAUGCACAACUGGCCUUCUUCUUGCGGGAGGCUCAGAUCACAGGACAAACAGUUGGCGGUGGCAGGAGCGGCGGUGGUAGUGGCAGCAGCAGCAGCAGCCCCAGCACGGGACACCCGCUGCAGCGCUCGGAGAGUUUUGUGGUUUUCCAGACAAAAGACCUGCCCGCCAUCAACAUCAGCUUCGGGCCCUUCGCUCAGGACCAGGCCGUGUCUAAGGAGUUGCUGCAGCCAGCCAGUCCUCUGGAUAUCCCCGGGCAGCUGACGGUCAACUGGAAGGUGCGCGCCUUCAUUGUCCAGGCCCGGGUCUUCUCCAACAACCCCGCCGUCCAGGUGUUCUUCUACAUCGCCGGCCGGGACUGGGACGAUUUCAAAGCGCAGGACAAGCUGCCCUGCGUCCGGCUGCACGCCUUCAGGGACGUCCGGGAGAUCAAAACCUCCUGCCGCAUGAAAGGCAACCUCGCUCAGUGCUUGGCCCAGCUGGAUCUGCCUCCGUCCUGGUUUAACACCAACGUGGCCCCGCUGGGUCGGAGGAAAGGCUCCAGUGACGGGCUCCUGGACGGGCUGACCAGUGAGACCCUCCAAGCGGAGCUCUACUACACCCUGCACGGGCCUAAUCCGGACGGGGAGUGCAGCGAGGGCUCUGGUCAUCGGGGUGCUGGUGGUGGUGCUUCUUCUCGGGGAGAGCCUCUGUCACAGCACCCUCUGCUGCGCAUCGGGAGCAUCAGCCUCUACCAGGCCAGUCAGGAGCAGCUGCUGGUGGACAAGCAGCUGGACAAGAACAUGUUCCUCCGGCUGCCCGAGAAACCCCUGAAGCCCGGGGAGACCCUCACAAUCUUCCUCUACCUGAUGCCCAACUCCACUGUGGAACAAUUCAGCCUCAAGGUCAAAGCGAAGAAAGGGGUGAACCUGAUCCAGACUAAGUCCAAGAACGCCCAGUGGAAGGUGGAGUGGGAGGUGGUGUCGGGCGCCAAGCAUUCCAUCACCACCAUCGAUGUGAACAAGAACAAAGCAGUCAAACAGGGGGAGGUGUUGGGGAACGUGGAGGUGAUGCAGUUGGACUUCGAGAUGGAGAACUUCACCAGCCUCUCGGUGACCAGACGGAUCAACUGGAACAUCGACUACAAGGGGCAGAACCCGCCUCCGGACUCAGAGAAGGUUGUGACGGAGCUGACGGUUGUGCAACGAGACAUUCAGGCCAUCAUCCCUCUGGCUAUGGACACCGAGAUCAUCAACACGGCCAUCCUGACUGGACGCACGGUGGCCAUUCCUGUCAAAAUGGUUUCCAUAGAGAUGAACGGAGCUGUCACUGAUGUCUCAGCCUUUGUGCAGUGCAAGUCCUCUAAUGAAGACAUUGUGAAGGUGUCCAUGAAUUGCGACUAUGUGUUCGUCAACGGGAAGGAGACGCGGGGAUCCAUGAGCGCGAGGGUCAUCUUCAGCUACGAGCACCUGAGCGCGCCGCUGGAGCUGACCGUGUGGGUGCCCAAACUCCCCCUGCAGGUGGAACUCUCCGACAACAACCUGAGCUUCAUCAAAGGGUGGAGGGUUCCCAUCCUGCCUGACAGAAGGAGCACCAGAGACAGCGACGCAGACGAAGAAGACGACGAGCGCCGUGUUAGUCGAGGAUGCACCCUGCAGUACCAGCGGGCCUUGGUCAAGGUGCUGACCCAGUUCCACACCACCUCCACAGAGGGCACUGACCAGGUCAUCACCAUGCUUGGGCCCGACUGGCAGGUGGACGUUACGGACCUGGUCCAGGACUCCCUGAAAGUGGCCGACCCCAGAAUAGCUGAGUUGGUGGACCGGACGGUGUUGGUGGGUCUGGAGCUGGGAUCCACUGUGCUGAAGGUGGAGUCUCCGCUGGCAGUCGACGCGGUGUUGGGAGAGUCGGCGUUCUCCGUGACAGACGAGAAGGUUUCCAUCACCGAGAUGCGAGUGCACGCUGUCUCGGGCCUGACCCUGUCGCUGCAGCCCAGCCCCGGCAACAGUCACACCAUGGUCGCCAAGGCAACCGGCAUCCAGACGCUCACAGCUCUGAAGCAGGAGGCCAGUUUGUCCAUCUGGAUGCUCUUCAGUGACAACACAGCCGCCACUCUGUCUUACUUUGAUCCCAAAGACUACAACCUCAACGCCUCCACGCUGGAUGACAAAGUGGUGUCGAUAUCCCAGGAGCCUCAGCAACGGUGGCCCGUGGUGGUGGCAGAAGGCGAGGGAUCCGGCGAGACGGUGCGUUUGGAGAUGACCAUCUGCGAGGCCUGCCAGAAGACCAAACGGAAAAGCGUCAUCGCGUCCGCCGCGGUCCACGUCAAGGUCCGCUUCGGCCCCGAAGAGGACUCGGAAGAGGAGGCGACCACGGAGGGCGAGAUCGAGCUGACUCCUUUCACCCGGCGUCCGAUCAUUGAUCCGAACGUCAGCGGAAGAAUUUACGAGACGUCCAACGAGCAACCCGCCAGCGUUCCCAUUGAUUACACCAAUUUCCCCACCAUUAGCAACCAAGAGAGGCCGACGGAGAGCGACGAGGAAGAGGAGGACGACUUUGUGCACUCGCCUCGGAACAUGACCGACCUCGAGAUCGGCAUGUACGCCCUUCUGGGAGUUUUCUGUUUGGCCAUUUUAGUUUUUCUCAUCAACUGCAUCGUGUUUGUGCUGAAAUACCGCCACAAGAGAAUCCCCCCCGAGGGUCAGGCCAACAUGGACCACUCCCACCACUGGGUGUUCUUGGGAAACGGCCAGCCGCUGAGGGCCCAGUGUGAGCUGUCACCGCAGCAGGUGGAGAGUCCCAGCAACCCCUUGGAAGGCGUGCAGACUUGUUGCCACGGGGACCACCACAGCAGCGGCAGCUCCCAGACCAGCGUGCAGAGCCAGGUGCACGGGCGGGGCGACGGCAGCUCCGGGGGCUCGACGAAGGAGAACGGCGAGGAGGCCAGCUCCCCGACUUCCAAGCGCAAACGAGUCAAGUUCACCACCUUCACCACCCUCCCCACGGAGGAGCUGCCCUAUAACUCCAUCCCCAUAGCGGACGAAGAGGACAUUCAGUGGGUUUGCCAGGAUAUGGGCUUUCAAGACCCAGAGGAACUGCACGAUUACAUGCGCAGAAUAAAAGAGAUAGCCUGAGAUAAGAGGGGGGGGGGGCAGCGUGGACCGACGCUCUCAGCUUUCUAAAGAAAUGUUCCUUUCUAUUUUUCUCUUUUUCACCUAAGUGAAAGAUAACUUUUUCACAGACUAAAAGGCCAACUGUUGUUUCGGUUAGAGUGUGUUCCAUUUAGUUUGCACAGUGCUGUAAUCUCAUACACGCUCACACAGGAGAGAAUGCAAAGGGAAGCAAGCCAAAGACUUGACCAGAGGAUCUCAAUAUCACUGGAGGAAUCUGUAAAAUCUUGGCUAUAUGAAACAUGUUUCACCGCAAAAGUUGAGUGAGCCAUGGCCAAAAAAGUGAGAGCUGCUCCGGCUUAUUUUUUAGGAUCUGCUUUUUGAGAGAAAAGCCUGAUAGGGACAGGAAUGUCGAGGUUUUUGGUGUUGGCUGUGUUCUUUGCUGGCUCAGUUGGACUCUGCUGUACUGUACCUACUUCAAACAAAGAGGCCUUUGAUGAACAAAAAAGAAAAAAAAACUGUCAAAGACUCUCAUGGAAGCUAUGUUUAAAAAAAAAAAAAAAAAAAAAAUCAUUUUGUUUUGCCAAAGUAGAAAAAAGUGUUCUUUUAAUGGCGAAAAACUUUCUUCAUUGUUGUUCUUGGUGCAGCACACUCAUGAUUUGUACUCAUGUUCAUUCCAUGCAUUUUUCUACAUUUCAUAGCGAGGCAAAAAGCAGUGCCCUACAACUAGUCCUUCCUGGUCCUGGAUAAAAAUCUAAUGCCUUAUAAAACACUUCUUAUAUCAGCGCAGACACCCUGUUUUUUCUCACCACGGCUAGAGACGGUGUAAGUAAGACGUUAAAACACUGAACUCGAGCAUGAGGUAUACAUGUGUGUUUGGAGGAUCUCGAAUAGCUUUGCAUGGACGCGGAUCUCGAGGCACAAUCAGCAACCUUUUUUUUUUUUUGUUUUUUCCCCAAAUUUGUAGAUGUUUGUAUUGUAAUUAUAUAACCAUUCAUACACAUAGUAAAAGUAAAAUAGGUUAUCAUGCAUUACACGCAUGCCAUGCCAGGCAUACUGACACGCAGACAUUCCUCCUCUAGUAUCUGUAAAUACUGAAUAUCGAGACAGGACUCGCGUCCCCGCACCAACGCUCGACGACUCCCUGGCCCCGAGCUCGAGAAAAGAGUGGGCAGCCCGGGAUGGAGUUUUUUUUUUUAGUCUUGUGCCGAGUAGAAGGGUUCCCCCUUUUGGUAAUGUCGAGCAGAACUGUAGCUUUUUAAAAACAAAUGGGUCUCACAUCUGACUGUUGAACAUUUGGGUGGUUUGCUAUGCAUCAGAAUUGUAAGAGAUCUGAUCUUUUGGGUGAUUUAUUUACCAUCCUGAAGUUAAGCUGUCCUCAUCAGCCUUUGGGGGAAAAAAAUUAACUUAUGAGGUACUAGUUGGAAACAUUCUCACUGAACACAGGAACUCAUCUAAACUCUGCAGGAAAUGCCAACUCCCCCCCCCCCCCCCCACCCCCUCCUCCAGGAAACAGGAUUGAUAAAUAAUUGAUUGGUUUUGCUCCAUCAUUUUUAAAUCAUGGCCAUCCCAUGUUGAAAGACACACUCUCCAAUGUACGCCCUUUCCCCCCUCAUUUUGUCCCCCUUCUACCUGUGUGCGUCCUUUUUUUUUUUUUAAAUCUACUCCAGUGAUCUCACACCUGGAAGUCAUGAAUGAACAAUGUACUGAACACGACGACGACAGAAGCUUAUUGGUGAAGAAGAUCAGUGUUUCUAUUGGCAGAUGAGCUGUGGAUGUGGAUGCACUGAGUGUGUAUCUCAGGUCGCUGAACGGCUUUACCAACAAAUCAAAGUGACUACCCUAUUGGUCCGAGUAUAAGAUGACCCUGAUUGUAAGACGACCCAACCCCCAAUCCUUUACAAGACUCAUUUCAGCAACGUGCCCCACCCUGCAUUUACUCAAAGACUACAGCCUCUGUGCAUGGGGCGCAGAAACUAACCUCUAGGCCACCAGCGCCCCCUGCCAGCUCCUUUGACAAUGUUCAUCAGCAGUGUGUUUUCAUAAAGGUGCCCAAAAAACACAACACCCAUUUUGAAAAAUUUCACUCACAAUUCAGUUGCAGGAGAGACGUGACAGCGGCCAUCUUUCCCUCUGAUAGCUUCACUUGCAGAGGGGGAGUCCGCAUGGUGGGAAGCGGGCCCAGAAUGUCCUUUAGUUCAGUGGUUCUCAACUGGUCGGGCCUCAGGACCCACCGCCAACUCCUUCAUGAAGAAUUGAGACCCAAAUUUCUGUUAUUUUUUAAACAAUCAUAUUAUUUUUAAUGAAAAACGAUGGUAAAAAAGCGUGAAAAGAAAACCUCUUCAUAGACUUUGUGCCACCAUUUUUCUUCCUGGCACACCUUUCAAGACCCACUGAAAACAGCUCCGCGACCCACUGAUGGGUCCCGACCCACCAGUUGGGAACCACUGCUCUAGAUUAAUCGAUCUUAGACGGCGGUUUUACACUGAUAAAAUGUUGCACUGAUAACCAAAAUUGACAUCAUACCUUUGCCUCAGUUGUUGGUUAACCCUGAACAACUUUUGAGUCACCGUGUCCCCCUGGUGUCUCCCCAUGGUACUGCAGCUGUGACGGCUCGUCUCAGUCAUGAGCACACUCGCUGUACAGAUAUCCAUUAUUGUUCAACUCAUAUUGGCAUUUUAAAAGUCUAGACCCUGAAUAUAAGACAAUCCAACUUUUUUUUCUGGUGAAUUUCAAAGGGGGGAAAAAGUCUUCUAUUGGGACCAAUAGGGUAAAAUCAGCACCGCCAUUAGAUGUUAUUUCAAGGUUUGGAGGUGAAUUUUCCUAAAGCAGGAAAAUGAAAUAUCAAGCAGGUUUUGGAAAGAUCAUUAGACAUCGCUUGCGAGGCAGCCAGACAUGUGGUAGUAAAGGAGAGAAUGACGACAGCAAAGCUAGUAGUGCGUUUUUUAAUCACAGUCGCCCCGUUAAGUGCAGCGUAUGGAGGGGGUGACUUCUUUGAAGGUUGUUAUUCUGGCGUCUGAUGUCUCGUGUUAAACAAGAUCUUUUGAAGCAACCACAAGAUCAAAAAAAUAGUUUUUUCCGUGUCACAUUCCUUUAAUUCUGAAACCGAAUCUUAAGGGCUUGGAUCUUCUUUUAUGUUAACUGAUGUUUUUAAUCUUAGAAAUCUAAUGUUGCUUUUGUUCCUAUGUUGUGAUAAUGAGCGUAUAUAUAUGCUCUAUUUGUCACUGAAAAUGUACUCCUGUACAGCUCCAUUAAAGACCCAAUCCAGCAUUGUUUGUACAAAGUGCAGAACUCAAAGGCAUAUUCUAUAUUUACUUUGAAAACGAGCUCCUUAUUCAUUAACGCAGAGCUAAUCCAAUCAGAUCUGACCAAGGAAACGAUUCAAGAACAGUGACAUUGUAAAUAUGGGAGCAGAAACAGACAUCUGUUGACAUAUUUUUCCAUCAGUGAACCAUACUUUCCAAAUGUCCGACCUGUAAAUAUCUACAUUUGAGCUGUCCGUUAAUCCUGGAUUGGGAUCUUUAAGGAUCUGAUUUACUGCAUGCCCUCUCUUUGUUCCAUGUGGUCGAAAUGAACAACGACCUGAUUCUUGGUAUUUCAUGGAAUUUCAAUCUGUGUUAACAUCCAAAGAGAAGACGAGACGUUCUUUUUUCCUGACACACACCAAGCCCCCCCCCCCGUCCCCCCCCCCCCGUCCCGUCCUUAAGCCACGGCAUCCAACAUGAUUUUUUCCCCCCCUCAUGAUAUUUAGAGAAACGUCAGCGAGCUGGAAAGUGCUUCAGUUGAAACGUUUCUCAGGAUGAAUGUAGGAAGUCUUUACUGAACCUGGCUGUUUGGUGUUAAUGUCAGUCUGCCCAAUAUGAAUCUAUAAAAGAUCAAGUAUCUAAUAGCAGCUUCACACACUGAUUCAUGUGUUUCUUUUUUUUCUACGUUUGAUCUCUUGAUUUAAAUCACACUGUAUGUAAAUAAGUCGCCCAGUUCAUCAUUUUUACAUUUUAACAUUUUGUCAUUUUUAUUUUUUUGUAGUGCUUCUUUGGUGAAGGUGCACAUGUUGCUCAUUUUGUAUUUCUUCAAGCUGCUAAUAGAAACUUCUUACGUGUUAUUGAACAUCUUGAAUUGUACCUUUAUGCCCCCCCCCCCCCCCCCCCCUGCACCCGAUGGGAAACUGUGCACGGCUCUGUCAGCUGUGCCAAACAAACGCCACCCUCACAAUAAUAUGUUAUUGUACAGAGCACUGUUAAAUUUCCUGUAUUCUCUCGGAAACAAACCCUUGUAUUUUCCUGUUAUAUGUAAAGUACUAAAGAAAAUGCAAUACA